UUCCGGAACCGCAUUGAUUUAAGAAAACGAUCGCGUGCUCAAUGAACCUCAUGUUAUAAAAAAAGUGAAAAUUCAUAUUAACAAUGCUAAAAUACAAUAGGUUACUUAGAUUUAAAAAAUAAAUUAUAUUAUAGAUUUUUAAAUAUGUAAAAUUACCAAUUUUAAUUAGUACAUUUGCAAUUUUAUACUAAAAUAAUGAUGUUUCGUGAAACAUUUUUAUUUCUACUUAGUUUGGUGCAUGGAAGUCAAAGUCUGAAUGUAAAGCAAAAGACAGAAUGUGGGUAUAAGCAAUGUCCGCAAACUCGAGACGGCGCAUUGAACGUGCACCUUAUUCCUCAUUCGCAUAUGGACGCGGGCUGGGUUAAGACUUAUGAUGAAUAUUACUAUGGAACGCGGACAUCCGUGAGCACGGCGAAUGUUCAGCUGAUAUACCAUUCCGUUCUGUCAGAGUUACUUCAUGAUAAGCGAAGGAAGUUCACUUUCUCUGAGACGGUGUACUUCUGGCGUUGGUGGAAGGAGCAGCGGCCGGCGACGCGGGCUACCUUCCGCGCACUAGUAGCGGAGGGCCGCGUCGAGUUCGCAGGCGGCGGCUGGGUGCAGAACGACGAGGCUACCACUGACUACCUUCAGAUCAUCGACCAGUAUACUUGGGGACUCAGGAAGCUAAACGACACGCUAGGGCCAUGCGGCAAGCCGAAGGCAGCAUGGCAAGUCGAUACGUACGGACACACGCGCGAGCAGGCCUCACUCAUGGCGCAGAUGGGAUACGAUGGCCUAUUUAUUGGACGUGUAGAUCAUAAAGAAAGAGAAUCAAUGAUAGAAGAAGACAGAAUGGAGUUUAUGUGGAGAGGAAGCAAUGUUCUAGGCAAGAUGUCGGAUAUAAUGACGCACAAUCUGUUCAACCUAUACAACGCUCCCGAUGGUUUCUGUUUCGACUUCCUCUGCAGCGAUGAGCCCAUCAUUGACGACCCUGACAGCCACGUCUACAACGCCGACGCCAGGGUGAACGACUUCAUAGCGCAGAUAGAGCGUCAGGCGAAGUAUUACGACCACGACAAUAUAAUGGUGACGAUGGGCGGAGACUUCACCUACCAGAGCGCCGCCAACUGGUUCAUGAACAUCGACAAACUUAUCAACCACGUGACCACUCAUCCCGCAAACCUGUCCGACGUCAAUGUGUUCUACUCCACCCCUUCCUGUUAUCUGAAGGCUAUAUACAUGUACGGCAGGCGAGACAAGUCGGUCUUUACGGAGAAGAGCGACUACUUACCAUAUGGCAGUGACUCUACCACCUACUGGACUGGCUUCUACACUUCGCGACCAAGUCUGAAAUAUCUCGCGAGGAAAUCUCACAUCUUCCUACAGGUUGUGAAGCAGUUGACAGUGAUAUCUCGUAUGGGCGACUCUUAUGAGUUGCAUCUUCUGCGCCACGCUGUUAGCCUGCUGCUGCACCAUGAUGCUAUCACAGGCACCAGUCAACAGCAUGUAACGUUGGACUUCAUACGAACAUUGACCGAUGCCGUUGAGUCUUGCUCUAAGAAAGUUUCCCAAUAUCUCAGUUCACUGACCCCAACUUGGGGAGGCAGCCGGCGCUCCAAAAACAACCAGCAGUUCAUCAUCUGUCACCAGCUCAACAUGAGCCAAUGCAGGUUCUCCGAGAGUCAGGACACGAUGCUGCUGCUGGUUUACAACCCUUCCAGCAUCAAGACGUACUACCAUGUACGCUUGCCUGCCAUCGCUAUGCACUACUCUAUCCGGGACUACAAUGAUGAGGAAGUGGAAUACCAGCUAAUCCCGCUGCCCGCGUCCGUCAUCAACCUGCCGGGGCGCAGCUCCAGCGCUAUCCAGGAGCUGUGCUUCGAGGCGGAGAAUAUACCGCCACUCGGCUACACAGCCUACUACCUCGCACCCAUCAGGGAUCCAUUGGAAGAAUCUACUUUCGUAAAGAAGUCCCACCAUGGCCCUGAAGCUGAUCAAGAAUUGACACCUAAUAUAUCUAAUGAGUAUUUAAAAGUAACGAUAGACAAGGAGACGGGCCUGCUGGAGUCCAUCCAGCACGUGGACGGCGUGAAGGUGCAGAUCUCCCAGAACUUCUACUACUACAGCCAGGUGCAGCAGCCGCUGCAAUCCGGCGCGUAUAGCUUCCGGCCUUCUAGGAACCGGCCCACACCCGUUGCAGAGAAAGUGAUCUACCACGCGGUCCGAGGGUCACUGAUCAAGGAGAUACGUCAGAGGUUCAGCGACUGGGUGACACAGGUCAUCCGGCUGUACAGGGGCGAGGAGUUUAUUGAGCUGGAAUGGAUCAUCGGACCAAUACCGGUUGGGAACGACCUCGGCAAGGAAGUGGUGAGCAUCCUAAAGACGAACAUUAGCAACAGCGGCGAGUUCUACACGGAUGCCAACAGCCGACAGAUGAUGAAGCGAAACUGCUGGAAUGAGAGCACUAGUCACCAGGUGAAGAAGCCGGUGGCGGCGUGCUACUACCCGGUGACGUCACGCAUUUGCGUACGUGCCAACAACGCCAGCGUGGAACUCUGCGUGCUGACAGACCGCGCGCAGGGCGGCACCUCCUACAGCGAGGGCGAGAUUGAGCUUAUGGUUCAUAGAAGACUUCUCACCGACGAUGGCUUUGGCCUAGAAGAGACUCUGAACGAGGAAGCUUACGGAGUAGGGCUGGUGGUAAAGGGGAAGCACAGGAUCAUGUUCGGCAACUAUCGCCAAGAAAUGGACGAGCAAACAUUCUCGGAGCGCGUGUCGUACACGGCUCGAAAGUGGCUGAUGGAACCCUGGCUUUUCUUGGCUCCCGGGGAGAAGAUCAAUAGAAGAAAAUGGCAGAACGUCAGGAAUAAAAGAUACUCAGCGGUCCGGCUGCAUGGUCUACCACGCCACAUACAUAUCAUCACGCUGGAGCCCUGGAAGGCAGGCUCCGUGUUGCUUCGACUUGAGAACACACUCGAAAAUUCUGACAAAGAGAUAUUCAAAAUGGAGAAGGACACGACGGACGAGAGUCCGCGGACAACACACAUUGUGGUGGAUCUGCGAAAGAUCUUUGGGCAGCAUGAAGUACGCAUGGUUCGAGAGACCACACUCGCCGCCAACCAGUGGCUGGAAGAGGCGCGACAGAUGGACUGGAGCACCAGAUAUGUGUAUUCAGGUGGAGACGAUGGUAUCCUGCCUGAGGACAACGUCGACUACACCGACGAUAAACUAGAACGCACUGAGAGAAAAGACUCGGAGUUUACCCAAGAAGAUACAUAUUUCGUAAGAAAACAACCGCGCAAGAAGAUAAAUGUUACACCAAAGCAGAAAACAUAUAAAUCCAGAUAUAAAUACGAAGAUCGACGCAAGAGGUCGCUGAAUAUCACUGAAAAUAUGAUCGAUAUAGUAAACGAAGCCAAUGCAUCUGAUCCUAAUGCGUUUACCACUCAUGUUGAAACAACAACGAAACCAUACAACGAAACAACAUUAUAUGAUGAAGUAGAAACAAAAAAUAACUCAAUAAUACCAACAGACUUCAGACAUAUUGCAUUUGCACCUAAAACAGAUCUGAGCGGGGACCUUCUAAGAACUAGAUUUCGAGCGGACUCUAAAAAAUCUCCUCAAAUAAACUACAACCGAAGUAGAGUGAAACCGAUGAAAUUCUUCGUGGAGUGGGGCAACUGUUCUGAAGAGGUUGGCUCCACGGAAGAUGAGGAUUUCUCAUCUAAUUUGAAAAAAAGAUCUGCGAGGAGAAGAAAUGGAAGUCACAGUGUGAAAAGUAACAGACGUAAUGGCGAAUACUUCUCCAAUGAACCCGACGACGGCAUAACGCGGUCGAUGUACGAAAUGUACUACAAAAUGAAACCAGCCAACACUCUGAAGCCGCGACCUGAACCACAGACCCCAGCGCCUAGACGAUUCAAGAAGAUCAAGGGAAAGAAGAUAAGAAUAGAAAAGCACGAAGAGUUAUCAAGAAUAGAACGGACGACAAGGAAAUCUAGAAGGAAUAGAAAUAAAAGAAAAGGGAAGACUUACGCUACUACAAGUAUCCCAUUGGAGGUUUAUAAAAAGAGGAUCACAAGAGAAAAGCAACGUCAGAGUGCAGAAAGUGGACAAGAUAAUGAUAGUGAAGUGGACAACACGAAAACUUUUUCGCAAUUACGUAAAGCUCAAUUCACUCACAUGGCGCCCAAGACGGAGCUGGCACAUCUCAGAGCGAAGCGACGUAAGGAAGCUAUGAGGAGUUACCAGGACUACGAGGCUGAUACGUCAGAUGGCGCUGAGGAGGAGAGUCGAGAGGAAGGGGAAAAGUGGGAAAAUACCAGGAGAAAGAGGACGGCGAGCAAAGAUGAGGAAAUGGCUGAAAGCAGUUCUGACUCUCAGGAGAGCAACGAGUCGGAGUUCGUGGUAACACUCCGACCCUCGCAGAUACGGACCUUCGUCGUAUGGUUCGUCGACAAUCGCAAGACUUACACAUUGUAAUACAAAGAUCAUUUUAAAUAGUGUUAAGUAUAAAUAAAUUUGGAUGUUAUUGUGUUUUUA